GGUUCCGGUGCCGCCUUGACGUCACAUCCACGUAGCUUAGCAGUUUCUGGCAAGUACCAGAGCAGCUACAGGGAAGUGGUUUGCAUGCUAGCUGAUGAUAAGAAAAAACUGCAUACACUGAAUGAGUCGAGAGGAUAGUGACUUUUAAGGAACACAAUGGAAGAACAAACUGCUGACAUAGAGGUGACGGUGAAAACGUUAGACUCCCAGAGCAGAACCUACACUGUCGGCGCUCAGCUUACAGUGAAAGAGUUCAAAGAGCACAUCGCCCCUUCAGUGGGUAUCCCAGUGGAUAAACAGAGGCUGAUCUACCAGGGCAGAGUGCUGCAGGAUGAAAGGACUCUGGCCGACUACAAUGUGGGUGGAAAGGUGAUCCACCUGGUGGAGCGAGCACCCCCUCCGCCCUCACAGCCCGCCUCAGGGUCAGGAGGCUCUUCAGCCGACAGCGGGCCGUCCUCUUCCUCCCAGGGAACAUCACAAGUGCCUCCACAUGAUCGCAACGCUAACAGCUACGUAAUGCUCGGCACGUUCAACCUGCCUGUCAACAUCAUGGAUCCCCAGCAAAUACAGAUGUCAGUCCAGCAGAUGGUGUCCAGCAUGGGAGAGAAUGCCAGGAAUGCCAGAGUCACAACCAGCACUGGGAGUAAUGGGUCUGUGAAUGUGCACAUUGAUAUGGACCAGCCAGUGCAGAGUGAGCCGAGGCUGAGGCUGGUGCUAGCUGAGAACCUGCUGAGGGACAUCAAUGACGUCAUCCACCGAAUGGAGGGCCGAACGAGUGACUCGUCCUCUCAGACGGAGACAGCUGAUGCUGCUGCUGCCCCUCCUCCUCCAUCGUCUUCCUCCACCACCUCCACUCCUUCUCCUUCUGCUCAGCCAAUGGACACCUCCCCACCUCCAGCAACCCCUCCACCUCCACCCUCCUCUUCAGCUCAGUCUGAGGGACCGACACCACAGCCUGGACCCAAUCAUCCCAGCCCGGCUGAACUGGCAGAGAUGCUGUCUGAGCUGCGGAGGGUUGAGGAGAGACUGCAGCCAUUCAUCCAGAGAGCUCACACCAUCCUCGAGACGGCCACCACUGCAGAAUACAACAACAAUACAGAGCGAGAGGAGGACCAGCGAACGCUCGUCCUGACGUGGGAGUGUCUCCGUCUCCUCGGUAACACUCUGGUGGCCCUCAGCGACCUGCGAUUGAACCUUAUGAGUCCUGUCCCCCGUCACCUGCAUGUGGUCCGGCCAUUUUCUCACUACACCAACCCGGUCUCCCUUCCUGGAGCUAUGCACCCGCACAUCCCAGUGCAAAUGAACCUGGGUGCCACAGUGACUGUUGCGGGUAACAGCGCUGAGGGACAAGCCCCGCCCCCUCAGCCGACCAGCCAGGCGGACCAGGCAGGUCAGGGACAGACCUCCCCCACACAGACUACCCCGUCCAAUCAGCAGGCUGGACAGGGACAGGGUGGCCACCGGGUCAUCAGGAUCAGCCACCAGGCAGUCCCGGUGGUCAUGAUGCAGAUGAACACGGACGGCCCAGGUGCAAACCCUGCAACUUCUGGACAGCAAAUGCCUGGACAAGCAGGCGCCCUCCCCCCUGAUUUUAUGAGGAACCUCAUGCAACAGAUCAGCCAGUAUGCCGCUGCCGUAGCCACCAGCGCCGCCACCGCCACCGCCACUGGCCAACCGGCCCCGCCCCAGCCCACUCCUCCCAGCUCAACAGCCAGUUCCUCAGCUACAACCACAUGCCCUAAUACCCCCAGCACCACUCCUACAGCUCCCCCUCCCCCUCCCAGUGCUGGUCCUCAACCCCAGGCCAGGGUUGUCUUUACCCGGCCCCCCUUUGCACCCAACAUACCCCCUCCCGCCUUUGGUUCCCGGGGAACCACCAUCAACGUGAGGACGGCCAUGCCAGGCCAGCAGUCAGGACAGGCUUUCAACCCUGCUGCUCUGAACCAAAUGAUUAGUGGACUGGUUGGACAGCUGCUGCUCCCAGGACAAGCAGCUGGUCAAACAGUCACAUCCUCCUCUUCUUCUACAUCCACGUCCACCUCUUCUUCCUUUUCCUCCUCUUCUCACACCUCUACAUCUUCAUCUUCCUCCUCCUUUUCCUUUUCCACCUCGGGUCCAACACCACCUACUGCUGCAAACGCCCCCCCGAACCAAAACGAGACCAACAGCAGCGAGCCGCAGCAGAUGCCUCCAGACCUCAGCCAGCUGCUGGGUUCUCUCCUGGGGGUAGCCAGUGGUACUGUUAGCGGUGCAGCCGGGUCCCCUUCAAUAACUGUCAGCACUUCAGGCGUCCCCGCCUUCAUCCAGGGAGUGGCUGAAUUCAUGCAGCAGGCCUCCCAGCCCAUCUUUUCUCCACCCCCACCUUCCUCUGGUACUACUCCAGCUCCCAGUGCAAGGCCUAACCCGAUGUCUAACCCUGGCGCGGCGGCGGCCGAAGCCCUCGAUCCGGAGCUGUUCACAGGCAUCGUCCGUGGUGUCCUGAGCACCAUGAUGGGUUCUCUGGGCCAAGGCCAGAGCGACACCGAGAGCAUCGCCCAGUUUAUGCAGAGGCUGUCGCAGUCAACCAACAUUUUCAUCAGUCCUGAGGAACCUACGGGGUUCUUUGGGAAGCUGCUGAUGUUGGUGUGUCAGACGUUCACCAUGUCUGACGUGGUGAUGCUGCUUCAUGGCCAGCACGAGCCUCUGGGCCGCAUCCAGCCUCAGCUGGCUCAGUUCUUCACCCAGAACUACCUCAGUGGCAGAGAACCCACCGAUCAGAACAUUGCUGCUGCUGCUGACAGUCUUGUUGGAGAACUGGAGGAAUACAUCACUGAGAGCUUUAGAGAGUCUGCAGUGAGUGUGUUGGAGGGCGUUGAUAUCACCCAGACCAACAUGACUUUCUUCAGGCAGCAGCUGAUUCGCAUCGCCACACACAUCCUGCGCUGCGCCGAUGAAACAUUUGGGCCCCAGCUGCUGCAGAUGUGUAACCAGGCGUUGUUCGAGUGUCUUGCUCUCAACCUGCACUGCCUGAGAGGAGACCAGAGAGCUCUAACUGCCGUCAUCAACCACCGGAUACGGAGGAUGUCGAGUGACAUCAGCCCCAGUCUGGUUAACUGGAUGACCAGCAUGAUGACAAUGAGGCUGCAGGUGAUUCUGGAGCAUAUCCCUGUCACACAGGAGCAGAUCCAGAGCUACGUCGUUCACACACAGAGCCAUCAGUCUUCUACAGAUAGCAGCCAAGAGCCUGAACGGGCACAAAGUGCAACGGUCGGGGACACCCUCUCGCCGGCUGCAGCCACCACAGCAGAGGAGGCCAUGUCGGUGUCACAGGAGGCCAGGGCCUCAUCACGGGACCCGCGGGUGUUGCCCGGGGACCUGGGAGCGUCGGGAGGAGCCGCACCGUUAGGUGGCGACAUGGCAGCAGUGGGAGCUGAGGGAGGGAGGGAGGAGUCUGCUGGAGAGUCAGAGGCCUGGGCUGCUGCUGUUCCUCCUGAAUGGGUUCCCAUCAUCAGGUGUGAUAUAAUGACUCAGAGGAAGAUGAAGGCUCAGCCUCCGCUGUCUGAUGCAUAUUUGCACGGCAUGCCAGCAAAACGCAGGAAGACGGGACAGAGCAGUGCAGCCCUCCUCUCCCUCUCUGAUGCAGUGAGUCAGGCAGCCAGGACGGCAGGAGUGAAGCCCGUCACCUCUGCUGAGUGCUUACAGGAAGACCUGGAGACCCAGGAGGUGAAGGAAGCUUAUUCAGAGCAGGUUAAAACCGACAUCAAGAAACGAGUGAGGGAAGACCCGGAUUUCAACUCUCAGCAGUUCCCCAACUCACACAGAGCUUUCUCCCCAGACUCAUAAUCUCACACUGAAGCAGACACCCCCCCCCCUCCCGCGCUUUACUUUGGGACUUCGAUUAGACUACGAGUCGGUGCAGCUUCACCCCCAACGGCCCAGCGCUGAUGUGACUGCUUCCCUAGUGCCUAUUUAUUGCUCUGUGGUUAUUUUAGUGCGACUUUUGCUGAGAGAAUGUCCCUCACUGAAAAAGGUGCCAGAUUUAAGUUGGACUAAAUCAAGUCUCUUUAGUCUUGUUUGCCCCCCACCCCCCCGCUUUGUUCAUGUGGAGCCUGAAUCAUUAAUUAUCAGACUUCGGCCUUCCUCUCAGUACUCUUGAGCACAAGAGAAGACUUUCAUGUGAUGCCGUUUGCUACAUGAAUGUACAGUAAGCUUAA